AUGGGGCCCGAGGACAGAGCCAAGUGCCGGUGCUGUGGCCCUGAGCGAAGCUGCUGGGUGGCCGGCCGCAGUCCCACACGGGCCCACUGUGGACCCCUCUCUCUGUGCGGCUCCAUUGUGGACCAGGACACCAGCUGUGCCCUGUCCUGGGGAGGCCGGGACCGCACAGAUGGGCAGAUCCUGGGCCAGCUGCGCCCCCUUGCAGAGGAGGAGGAGGAGGAGGGGGGGGCCAGGGCAGCCCCAGCCACAGGGCCGGCCUUCCCCGGGAUGGGCUCUGAGGAGCUGAGGCUGGCCUCCUUCUACGACUGGCCGCUGAGUGCUGUGGUGCGGCCAGAGCCGCUGGCUGCCGCAGGCUUCUUCCACACUGGGCGGCAAGACCAAGUGAGGUGCUUCUUCUGCCGCGGGGGUCUGCAGAGCUGGGAGCAAGGGGAUGACCCCUGGACAGAGCAUGCCAAGUGGUUCCCCAGGUGUGGGUUCCUGCUCCAGACAAAAGGAAGGGACUUUGUCUGCGGCGUCCAGGAGUCUUGUUACCACCCGCUGGGCUCCUGGGACCAAUCGGAAGAACCCGCAGACUCAGCCGCCACCACCCCUUCAGCUCCUGUCCACGUGGGUCUUGAGCUGCCCACGCCCAGAAGGGAGGCCCAGUCAGAAGGUGCCACAGAGCCAGGAGCCCAGGACGCCCAGGAGCAGCUGCGGCGUCUGCAGGAGGAACGGACCUGCAAGGUCUGCCUGGACCACCCCGUGUGCACCGUCCUCGUGCCCUGCGGCCACCUGGUCUGCGCGGACUGCGCUCCCGUGCUGCGGCUCUGCCCCCUCUGCAGGGCCCCCAUCCACAGCUGCGUGCGUACCUUCCUACCCUAGGCCAGGUGCUUCAGAUGCUGGCUGCCUCUCGUGUCCCGUGGGGGGCUGCUGAGGAUGACUGAGCCGGCGUCCAGAACUGGCCAGCCAGAGUCCCCACUGGCAGCCCAGGGAGGAAGGGAGCUGCAGACGGCUUGGCAAGGGGAGGGGGCGUGAAGGUGGUUUGACCGAUGCUUAGGCGCUUUUGCAGAUUUACAGUA